CUGUAACUUUCUUCAUCCUUUGAUAUUUUAUUAUCUAUUUCUGUAAGUUAUAACCCUCCAGUAACACUACCUCUCAUUCUUAAAUAAAUUUCCGUCAAGUCAACAUGAAAACUCUUCCCUACAGUUUUAUAGUACUCGAGUACGUCGGUGGCUGGAAACCACUCGAGUGGAGCACAAAUAUAAAAGGGAAGUUAUAUGAUAUAUAUGCACUUACAAUAACUUUAGCAAUGAGCACUUUUUGUGUAUCUUGUGUAAUCGAUUUAUUUUACACAGAAAAUAUCGAAGAUAUUGUUCAUAAUAUGUCAUGGUCAUUUACACUAAUAGUCGUCUGUUCGAAACUAGCUCUUCUUACAGUGAAACGUAAUAAAAUAAUAAAUAUUAUUAAACUAUUAGACAUAAAUAUUUGCAGAGUAAGGUGCGCUAAAGAAGCUAACAUACAAUUCAAGUACGAUGAAAAAGCAAAAAAUCUCGUAAAGAAGUAUGGAGGUUUGGUAUGUUGUGCAGUAUUCGCUAUUACAGGCGCUUCAAUUUUAGAAAAUAUUCCCACUAAAACGCUUCCGUUCAAUGGCUGGGUCCCUUAUCGACAUGACUACAGCACAGGAUUUUGGGUUGCAUAUUUCCAUCAAAUGAUCACACUGUCUAUUACCUCCAUGAUCGGAUUUUCGUUUGACACUGUUGUUUACGGUAUUCUGUUACAAAAUUGUAGUCAAUUAAAAAUUCUUAAAACCCGCUUAGAGAAUUUUGUUGAAAUAGUUGAUGAAGAAAAACUAAAUAACAAAGUCAAUGGUUCGAGUCUUACAAUAAGAGAGUGUGAACAUAAAUUUAUAAAACAAUGCAUUCAUCAUCUCUUGAUGAAGUACUCUUUGAUACUUUGUCUGUGCGUUCAACUGCUAACAAAAUUGGCUUUCAUGAGUCCAGAGUUUAUAUUCAUCGUCGUUUAUCUAGGAUGUAUGUUAACCCAAAUUUACUUGUUCUGUUGGUAUGGCAACGAAGUAAUACUAGAGAGUUCAGAAAUAAGUUCAGCAAUAUAUAAAAUGAAUUGGUAAGUUUUGACAAAUGCAACCAAAAAAAAUUUAUUGUUUAUGAAUACUUAUUCCAUUUUGCCAAUAAAAUUUUCCAGUGGUUACUUUAUUGAACUUUCCUUGGAUUCUUUUACUAAGCUCAUUAAAUUUUCUUACUCGGCGUACAAUCUUCUUCAUCAAAAAUAA